AUGAGCGUUACUUGUUUUAAUAUACUUUACAAAACAAUUGGAAGAGAAGUUUAUGAUCGUGUAUGUUUAGAUGAAAGUGAUAUAAAUAUGAGUGAACGACAUAAUAUUAUUCGUUUAAAUUCGUCGAUAUACAAUCAAUUAUUAUCAAAACUAUUUCAGACAAUGAUUUCAUAUUCAUGGCACCAAAGUCCAGGAGCAUGUCGAAAUGUUAAAGAAGUAUGUUUUAGUUAUACAUCAGAUAAUUGUUACGAACAACAUUGUGAUAGUAGUCAAUGCAGUUAG